GAGUCUGUUAGAUCGUCCUGGGGUCCCGCUCACAGCUGACUUCUCUCUCCUCUGUUGUCCCUGCUCUGCAAAGCUAAAAGACUUUGAAGAUGAGGGUGUGGAUCGUCUUCCUCCUGUGCCUGGCUGGCCACGCCAUGGCUGCUCCUACUGAGGAGGAGCCCAUCAUGGAAGAGCUGGUGGCCGAGGAGCCAGUUGUUGAGGAUCCCGAGGUUGGGGCCAACCCAGUGCAGAUUGAGAUCGGAGAGUUCGAUGAGGCCAUCGAGAUCGUUGAAGAAGAAGAAGAUGUUGUGACUGAGAAUCCCUGCCUGAACCACCACUGCAAGAAGGGAAAGGUGUGUGAGGUCGACGAGAGCAACACCCCCAUGUGUGUCUGCCAGGACGCCUCCACCUGCCAAGCUGCUGAGGGAGAGUUCGAGCACGUUUGCGGCACCGACAACAAGACCUUCGACACCUCCUGCCACUUCUUCGCCACCAAGUGCGCCCUGGAGGGAACCAAGAAGGGCCACAAGCUGCACCUCGACUACAUCGGACCCUGCAAAUACAUCGAGCCCUGCAUGGACGCCGAGCUGAGCGAGUUCCCCCUCCGUAUGAGGGACUGGCUGAAGAACGUCCUGGUCACUCUGUACGAGCGCGACGAGGAAAACAACCUGCUCAACGAGAAGCAGAAGCUCAGGGUGAAGAAGAUCUACGAGAACGAGAAGAGGCUGCAGGCUGGCGAACACUCUCUGGACCUGCUGGCUCACGACUUCGAGAAGAACUACAACAUGUACAUCUUCCCCGUCCACUGGCAGUUCGGCCAGCUGGACCAGCACCCCGUUGACGGGUAUCUGACCCACACCGAGCUCUCCCCCCUGCGUGCCCCUCUCAUUCCCAUGGAGCAUUGCACCACUCGCUUCUUCGAUCAGUGCGACGCUGACAACGACAAAUACAUCGCCCUGGAGGAGUGGGCCAACUGCUUUGGCAUCAAGGAGCAGGAUGUGGACAACGACCUCAUCGUCUAAGCUAUCAGCAGUUUGACAACUCCUAGUCGCUUCUAACGGGACGAGGUGCUGAUCCCUAAGUUCAAAAAAACAAAUCACAGUAACGGUGCUAAUUGCAAAUUCUUUUUUUAUUUUGUUUUUAAAAUAAUGACCUUUCCUACCUAUACCACUAAAAAAAAGAUUACAAAAGAGAAAUGUGCACAGUCUGUACUAACCAUCUUUGAAUUCUCUUGUUUGUCGAAACAAAAACACCCAGUAAAGAAAAACUAAAGACCUCUGAUGUAAAUGUAUGUUGUUGACAUUAUUAUAUAUGUGUUAUGGAUUUGUUCAGGGCUUUAAUUGGAGAUCAAUUUGAUACAAAAACUGUAAAGUCGAAAAUAAAAUUUCUAAAUAAAUGCUCCCUCUGCUUGCUUUCUACAAAACAACUGAUUAGUUUUUGCACUCUUUUGGUGGUGGGCUCUUUUUUUUGUCAUUUUAUGUUUUUUUUGGUAUUUGAUCUUUUGACUACUGCUUUAAGAGUUGUUCAUUUUUGUUUUCCAUACAGAUUCCGUGUCCCAGACGAGGACACGCGUGUACUGAUAUUUGAAACAAUAAAGAGGAUAUAUUGUUUGGACCUUUUAACGAGGGGAAAGUCUCGCAGGCUGAGAGUUUUUUUCUCAUAAUUAACAUGUUUCUUCUGA